AUGGCUAGUCCACAUGGAGAUGGCGUGCAAGAAUGUAUCGUUGAGUUUGAAACGUCCGAAGCUGCCGUAACGGCUCUGCAUUUAACAGGCGUAGAGCUCGGCGAUCGUACGUUGGUUGUCUCUUCAACAACUGCCCCGUCAAAUUUGAACGACUAUUCUCAGCCCACACACCCAAUCCUUCUCACUACUCGCCCCCAAGUUCAGCGCACCGCGUUGCCUGCUACUCCAAAAACUCUUCCUGUCGCUCCCCUUCCCUCAAUCUCGGCAACGUCACUAGCAGCAAUUCGUGCCAAUCCAGCAAUCUCUCCCACAGUUGCCCAAUUCGAUCCGGCAAAAGCAGAAGAGAUUUCGAGAACAGUGUACAUUGGAAAUAUCAAUUCAUCGAUUUCUGAACCAGAAUUGACAGAGUUCUUUUCAACUUGUGGACCAGUAGCAUACGUUAAGAUGGCUGGAGAUCCUGCACAGCCAACUAGGUUUGCGUUUUUGGAAUUUGCAACCUUUGAAGGCGCACAGGCUGCUAUGCAGAUGAAUGGAGUCAUGUUGGGUGAUCGUCCACUAAAAGUAAACCAUUCAAAAAACGCGAUAAAUAAAACGCCCAAGAAAACUGAUGCUCCAGACGUGCAAGCGACUAUGCGUCGCGUUCGCGAAGCACAAAUGCGUAUUGCUAGUCGGCUCAACACUAAUGAAUCGCUUUCUGAUAAAAGUCCACAUAGUUCUACAAGCCGCGAAGAUAUAAUUAUGCGAGACGCUGUACAAUCCCCGACCCCAGAUGAAUCGCGGACUAGAAGGAGUCGAUCACGAUCUAGGAGUGGAUCGAGGUCUGCCAGCAUGAACAGAGCGCGGAAGAGAAGAUCAAGAACGCCAUCAUCGUUGUCACCAUCUAGGGAUAGAG